CCUAUUUUGUGUCGAUACAGACGACGAGAAGAGUAUUCUUACGCGUCAUCAUGGAGUCAGAAUUUCCGUACAUUGGAAGUGGAUUUGCAAAGAAGCAUGAAAUUCUGGAGGCAGGCAUCGUUUUUUCGCUACUUUGAAUGAGGCAUUGAAGAUGGACCACCGCAGCUCAUUUGAGCUGAUAAUAGUUUGUGGUUGUUUUUUUUUACAGUUUUGUGAAUAAUCUGUGAAGUUUUGUGGGGAAGUUAUCGGUAAAUCUACAUUGACCAACUGAUUUACCAAUAGUGAAUAGAUUGCUCACUCCUCUGCCAUUGGCAUCUGUUUGGUGCGCAAUGUAUUUAGUCCUGAAGUUGCGUGUCUCUUACUGACUAUACUGAUAAUGACGACCAAGAUUAAAGAACUCGUAAGUCGGAACAAGCGAAGACUUCGUGAAGAUGGAUUCGACUUGGAUUUGACUUAUAUUGCACCAAAUAUUAUUGCCAUGGGAUUUCCUUCAGAGAAACUGGAAGGAUAUUACCGAAACAAUAUAGAUGAUGUCAGCAAGUUUCUGGAAACAAGGCACAAAGACCACUAUAAAGUGUACAACUUGUGCUCAGAACGGAAGUACCAGCCAGAAAAAUUCCACCAACGGGUGGCUAAUUAUCCUUUUGAAGACCACAAUCCACCUCGUCUUGAGCUGAUCCGUCCAUUUUGUGAGGACCUUGAUGAGUGGUUGUCACGUGACCCAGACAACAUUGCAGCUAUACACUGCAAAGCUGGAAAGGGUCGUACUGGGGUUAUGAUUUGUGCAUACAUGUUACACAGAGGUCGUUUCAAGGAUGCAGAAGAUGCUCUAAAGCAUUAUGGAAAGACAAGAACAAGAGAUGAAAAGGGGGUGACCAUUCCAAGUCCGCGGUAUGUUUUAUACUAUGGUGAGCUUCUGAAAAGCAACUUGCAGUACAAGCCAGUCAGUUUGCUUUUAAAGGGAAUAAAGUUUGAAACCAUUCCCAUGUUUAAUAGCAGCAAUGGUUGCACGCCACUUUUUGAGGUACAUCAGUUGAAGGUAAAAGUACAUAGUUCUCCUGUAUAUGACACAAUCAGAAAAGGAGAAACAUGCUUUUACAUGUGGGUGACUAACCCAGUGCCACUUUGUGGUGACAUAAAGAUUGAGUUCUAUAACAAGACAAUGAUGAAACAGAAGGAAAAAAUGUUUCACUUCUGGUUCAACACCUUCUUCGUCCAAGAAACAGUAGAUGCAAAUGAAUUGCUGCGGAAUGGUGGUACCCACCCAGAUGACAGCUUUGCAGAAUAUUCAGUGCUGACUCUUCCAAAAGCAGACUUAGACAGAGCCAACAAAGACAAAUCACACAAGCUAUUUAGUCCCAACUUUAAGGUGAAGGUAUUUUUCCAGCAAAUGAAGGAGCCAGAACAAGGUUUAGAGCGAAGUAAAAGUGCUGAUGAUGUAGUGGGAGAUAACAAAUAUCGCAAGCAUGAUGACUUUUCACAGCAGUCACGCUCUCAUACAUCAGAUCAACUGUUUGUACCUCCGCAAAGGUCCCAUGCCUCUCAUAAACAUGGUGCUCAUAACAAUCAUACGUUGGAGGAACGUUACCAUCUGUUGACAACACGCAACCUGACACAGCCUGGGCGCCGAGAGGCUACAAUAAUAGACACAGGCUCUCUAGAGGAGAGUGUAGAGGCAGUUUCCUUAGGGGGUUUUAGUGAUAAUGACCAGUUUGAGGAUGAUCUGUCUGACACUGAAACAGACAAUGAGUGGGAGGGCUGCGAAGUCACUCAUGUAUGACACCUGUUGUCUGAUGAACGAUAUAGAGCUGUGAGAGGACUUGGUAACUGCUUUGUUUCUAAUGAAAUACUGCUCUACUUGCAUAGUAUAGUAUAGAGGUUGCCAAGACCAUGACACUUACAACGAUAGAUGAUAAGAGCUUCAGAGAAUGCAACGAAAUCUUUGUUUCCAGAGUGACAAGGAUGUGUGUUGGCUCAGAAUUUAGGGCACUUGUUGGAUAGAUACUAUGUUUACCUACAUUCAUUCCCUAAAAUGAUCGAAGAAAACCAUUCAGAUCAUAUUGUUAGAAGACAGCUAAGAGUGUUAUAUGAAUAUAACAUAAUAAUAGGUAGUAGAAUGAUGCAGCAGCUGGGUAUUUUUUUGGGUUGUGGGGGGUAUUCCUUCACAUCACAUACAAAUGUUAGGGAAUAUAGAUAAAAAUAUCAUUUUCUUAUCCUGCUUGUCCAGCUUUAACAGGGAAAGCAUGUCAAGUGUAAGUAAUCAGGUGUUACAUAGAUUACCUUGUUUUUUGUAAUAUAUGUGCCUUGGUACAUCACCAGCUUGGAUUUGGAGCAUGUAAACAUUCUGAAGCGAAAUGCUCUGUAUCUGUGGGAACCAUAAAUUCAUAAGUAGUUAACAGUAUUUAAGCUGUGCUUGAUGCAUUUGGUUGUUUUCUUUACUGAUGUUCAAACUUAAGCUGUAAUAAAUAAAAGUAAGGAAAUCUGCAGAUUGAUAAAAAUAUAGAAUCAUUUAAGUCAUGCCCUGGUUGACCUGGUGCUGUGAUUCUUGGUGCAUUUUUGUUGAGUUAUAGUUUAGAAAUGAUGGAGAAAAUAAUAUUUUCUGUUAUUUUACAAAAGUGAUUAAGAAUCAGGAAAAAGUAUUUUGAAAAUGUACUGUUUAUAGUGCUCUCAGUUAUGUGACUAAAGACCAGCAUAAAAGCAAGGAAACAACAGUAAUGAUUUAUAAAGGUAUAAAAAGUACAGCCUAGACUUCUUACCUCAACAUAUCUUGUUUUUCACCAUUGGUUAUGGCAAAACAAUUUCCCCAUAGUAUUAUUUCUCCUGAAAAGCCAUCUUAUUCCCCUCAGCACACUUAAAGUGCGUCAUUGCCUGUGCUGUUCCACCCACUUUGUCAUCAGUCGUAUUUGGUUACAGUUAUUAAUGGACUAAGUAUAUACAGAUAACAGGCACAAGACACCUGACAGGUUUUAACAGAUACUUUUUGUUUAUUAAACAGAUGUUUUUAAUUUGAGCUUUGAACAAAGAAAAGUGUUUGAAAUGAUAAUCCUUUCAAUACAAAGAAAUCCUGAAAAUGUUCAGCAGAUUUUCUUUUAGUCAGACUUUACUGUGUAGAAAACAUCCUUUGGAAUAGGCAGUGGCCUGGAUUGUGUUGCAAAUGCAUCAAAAAACAUGUAUGCCAGUAAACAUUCAGAAUUGAAAACAGCUCUACAUAUUUUUAUUAUGAUCACUGGGCCACCAUUACUGAUACCAUGUUGUGAGAGAAAGCAAAGCAUCUUGUGGCAGAACUUGAUAUUAUAGACUUUUGUAAUUUUAACAACUGGCUGUGUCAGUUUAAGAGACAAGUCAGAAUUGUAAGUGCUGAAAUUUGCAGUGAAAUAGUGUUUAUUGCUAUUAUUGUAGUGUUGCACAUGUUGUGGAUUGUGCACCUUGUGUCGGCGCCUUCACCAAAAGUAUAUGCGGGAGAUAUGAUGGCAGAAUAGCAAGUCUAGAUGCGUAAUAAAGGUUACUGAUGAAAGUGCCUUUUUUCAUUUAGUAGAUACCACAUGGUUUCACUAACAUUGCAAGAGUUACAUCUUGUACAUGAAUCAGAAAGCAAGUUGUUCCUUGAAAUAAAAAAUGUUUAAGCCCAUGUCUAAACUGAAGAAAAAGCCACAUUCAUUUUUAUUCAUUCUAAACAUUUUUAACAAAAGCUUUGAAAAACAGAAAUUGUGAAAAAAUCAUUUUGCUUCCACUUCUGGUAUAUAAUGUAACAGGGUUAUACAGUCAUAUUAAUUUACACAGUUCUAAUAUUAAUUUACACAGUUCUAAAGUUGCUUUUACAACAGUAGAGAUGAUGUAAUAAUAAUAUAUUUUGAUAAAUUUUGCUGUCUUGUUCAUGGUUACAGAAUAGUUAGUAAGUAGUUAGAAUAAAUAAAUUGAUAGUUCUUUUGAAAACUGGACAGGUUAUGGUGUUUAAAUCAUUUUAACCAGAAAGGGAAUUAUGUCUUGUCUGAUUUUAAAGCAUCUGUGAGCGCAUGUGCACAUAAUUAUUUUUUUAUUCUCUGUGUGCAUACACACAUGCACUUGCAUACAUGUACACAUAUGCAUGGAUAUAUGCCUGUGUAUAAGCCAACUUGUUUAUACAAUUCUCAGGAUAGUAAAUUGUGUCUAUUCCUUGACCUCUCUUCUAUUCAUGUUAAAAAUGGAAUUAUGAAGAAUUUCAUUUUAGGGCUUCAUGUUUAUAACCAUUUUCAACUGUCAUGUGCUUUUGCCAGUUUCUAACACGAAACCAACAUUGGAAAUUAUUAUUUUGAUGGCAGGUGGCAGAAAUAUUGCAUGAUUUUUUUAUUUUUUUUUUCAAAAAUGUAAAAGCAUCAAUCUUCAGAUUCUCAGAUUAAACAGAUGGUUGCAUCUUUUUUAUUUUUCUUAAGAGUGUAAGGGUAACAAAAUUGGUCCAGAGGUAAUACUGUAGUCUAUAGUUAACAGAUGUUAUUGGCAUUUUACUAGUUCUCCUUUCAGCUACAAAUAGAAACUUAUUAUAAGCAGUUCUUUCUUUGGAUCUUUUAUCCUUCAUUGUUUGUUAAUAAUAGAUACAACUAGUUAAAAGUACUCUUAUUUUUGGAGUACAUCUGGUCAUCUUUUUCUGUCAGAGUAAAGGUCCGACCACAGAUUUUCAGCUGGCAUUAUUUAUGUUGAUCGCUAUUUUAACAAAUUUGGGAAGAUUUUGUUGUUAGAACUUAAGUCUAAUAAGUGCACAUAUGAAUUGUUUGUACUAUUAGAGUCCAACUAGAACUAGUAAGAUUAUGGGGUCAUGUUUGUGCUUUACAUCAAGGAAACAGUGGUCGAACAACUGCAAAACUAGGGGAUUGCACAAAAGCACAAUUUCUCAUAAGCUGUUUUAACAAAAUGUCUCUCUUAAGAGCUUGUUUCUAGUUUUUGAAGGCUUAAAGAAAGAUUGAUGGGAAGUGUAUGUAUGGGGGGGGGGGGGGGGGGAUAAACAUAAUUGUCCAGCUUGCAGCUGUUUUGAUAGCUGGGAGCAUGAGGAGGCAGCCCAUGAAAUUAUUUAGUUUGGCCCUUCCAGAUCUAGGAACUUUUUUCAUAGCAAUAUAAAUUUAUAUAAAGUGAAUUGUAACCAUAAUGUAAAUUUUGAAGGACAAGUAAAGAACAUUCAUUAUAGGAUAGUAUACAUAUGAGUACACGACGGGACAGAGAAGUAUGCUUCUCAGCCAUCUGGCAGUAUUGUAUUGACUUGGAAGACAAUCCCAGGCUGGCUGGGAGUGCACGUGUUGCAAAAGUGUUAACACACAAAGCAACGCUACGGCUUGACAAAAUAUAGCAGGCUAAUUUUCAAGUUGAUAAUUUUGUAUGGCCCACAAAUGAAACUAAAUAUCUAAAUGGCCCUUGGCAGAAAAAUGGUUCUCCAUCCUUGCAAAUAGAUUAAGAGAGCGUUCUUAUCUUGGGGCCAGCAUCAUUGUGAAAGCUUUAUUGUUGGUGCCCAUCUCCUUUCUCUCGCUGCUUUUCGUUCCUGAAAUCUUUAAGGGGUCAGGUCAACUGUGAGAAGCGUGAUGUAAUGCAGGGUUAUUGAACCCACAUGUAUUGCCUCUGGUCUUGGAGCCAGUGGUCUAAUCAUUCUCUGCCUCUCAUAUGGUUUUGAGCUUAUCCUUGUUAUUUAGAAGUGUGGAGGGGGAUGCGCACUUGUAGAGCUGUGAGCUUGCUUUUUUCACAUUAGAAAUAAGUUCAUUAACCAACUUUUGGCAGCAUAUGAGAAUUGUUUCCAAUUCAAAAUAAAAAUUGAGUGGACCCUUUGUAAUAAGAGAGUCUUCCUCGUGUUUUUCGUUUGUUUGGUUUUUUAGCCAUUAUGUUACAAGCUCAGUAUAAUAUGGUAGAAAAAUAAGCGUAAUUUUUCGACUCUGCAUGAUGUGGGAGUUCUGGGACUUGGUACCAGUCCAUUGAUACUGGUAGUUGAAUGGCUAAUGCCUACACUGCUACGCUGCUGUAAGAUUUUAUUAGCAUUUUAGAUAACUGGUAUGUAUUAACCAUCCAGCUAGUGGCAUACUUUGCACCAGGGCCCAGGGCAUCAUGUGUCGGUUAUUUAGUCUACUUCACAGAAUAAAAGCCAUGGAUCACUUUCCAACAGAUCUUGAUGCUUAACAUAUAUUUUUAAAAAUACCUUGCUGUUGCAUGUAUAUGAUCAUUAAGUAGAGAAAGGGUUUUGUUUUAGGAAAAACUUCGCAAUAGUCAUCACUUCUCAUUGCAUGGUGAAGUAGCAUGUUUUUCUAUGAGCCUAGUUGGGGAAAAAGGCCUUGAAAAGUAUUCCUGUCAUAUCUUUCUAAGAAGACAUAGUAACAAGUAAUACUCUUCUGAAAUAAGUUGUGAUUUGUCAUUGCUGACUGUAUCGUUAACUACAACUUUGAUUUAUCUUUGCAGCCUCAUUGUUUAGAAAUCAGAAUAUACUUAUGUUUCUUUAGUCCUGAAGAUGUUUUAUGUAGCAUAUAUUUUCAGAGAAAUGGUAGACAGCUAUAGCAUUUUAUUACCAAAUGUUAGCAUACAUCUUGAUAAAAACAUUUGGUGCUUUUGCCCAUGCAGGCAUGUAGUGAGUGUACUCAUAUUAGCUAAUAUGAUUUUAAUCCACUGUCAAUAUUUUUGACAUAUAAACAAGAUGGUAUGUUUUUUUCAAGAAAAUUUGAAGUCCUGUUGUUUGGAAGGUCAUGUGUGAGUAAAUUUGUGAUCUCCACAGCUGGUAACUGCAAAAUCUGAAACAUAUUACCUAUGUUUUAUGUGACAAAAGUAUAUGACUAUAAAAGAAUGGCCUAACAGAUAGAAUACCAUGUUGUCUUUUGAACAGACAUGACUAUUUUUUUACACCAGGCAUUACCUUUGGGCUUAAGUAUCAGUCACAUAGGAUGUUUGUGUUUAAAUAAAAAUGUGAAGAUUAUCUUGUUAAAUAAUAAAAAAAAAAAGGUAAUUAAGAAGACUAAAAUUUGGCGAACAAAUCUGUGCAUGCCUUUCCAAUAUAGAAGUAAAACUGUUUGUCACUAUUUUGUCUUUGACUUGAUAAUCAUAUUCGGAUUUGAGAAAAUAUCAGAAAAUUAAGUCCUAGUAAUUGCCUUUUCAGCAGUUUGUUGUUUACUGUGAUACUGUUGAAAUCUUGGAUAUUAUCUUUAGAUUUGUUACGUCAGUGCAGACUUUCUCUGUUCACUGUGAGUAGCAUGGAAAUGAUGACCAUGACUAGUCAUCAGGAAAUUAAAGCAUUUUAUUGCAGCUGUAGUCAUGAGUGGCUUUGUGAAUGUGAUUUUGUUAUCAAGAAUGGGACAGUCUGAAGUUCACAAAAAUGUGUCUAUUGUAAUCAUGAAGGGUUAUUCAUGCACCUUUGAAUUAGUUUAAAUUACUGCCAGUGGUCUUAUGUGAUGAUUGCAAAAAAAGAAAUUGAGGUAAAUUGUACUAAAGAUAUGGGUACUGAUAGAAGACCAGUGAGGUCUUGUGAUGACCUCUGAAAUAAAUUUAAUUAAUAUAUUCAAUGUAUGCAUCUCUUCUCAGAGUGAGAUAGGGGGGAAAAUGAAGCCUAGGAACAAUGGCUCAUGGAAACGAAGUCAUGCAAUAUCUUCUUGUUUGCCACAAAGAAAGCAGUCCAAGAAAACAGUAGUUACCUACAGUGCAUGUAACAUUGUACAUGCUAUGUAAAUUUUCUUAGUGUUUCUAAGAAUGCUGUGUUAAUCUCUGAAGCCUUGAAAGUGCCUCAUUGUGUGUAGUGUGUACUUAGACUGGGUUGUUGCAUAGUUUCAACAAGAAAGUGAUAGUCAUUUGGUCUUGUUAAAGGCAAUGUUGGCAGCUCAUAUUCAUCUGGUGACACUGACAUGUUUAGGAGUGUGGGGAGUGUGUGAGUUUGUGCACACAACUGCAUGGGUGUAUGCAUGUGUUUUGUAUGUAAAAGCACAGUCUUGUAUGACUGCUUGCAGGGUUACUUUGCCAAAAUGUUUUGUAAUCUAUUUACCACUUCAAGUCAAAAUAGAGACAAGGCCUCUACAAAUAUCAAGAUGUAUAUUUUGCAAGCAGCUGUUGUAAAUAAUAUUAUUUUAAUAUCUUGAAGAGAAAAAUAUUUGUUUUGCUGUAGCUGUGUAGGAUAAAAAAUUGUGUGUUAUGCACAUUUGUAUGGAUUAUAGACAUUUCUUCUUUGAAAUAGAAUGAAAGGAUGGGUGUUCCUGCUAUUCUCACAGUAUGAUGAAUCAUAGCUAUGUGGGUUUUUUUUUUUUUUAAUUGAAUACCAGGUUAUGCACUACUGGUUGUUUUGUGGAUUAAGUAGUGUAUCUCAGAUGCUGUUGAAUCUUUUUUUCCAAUACAAUUAUACAAAAUAAAUGGCACAGUACAUGCUGUUUCAUACUGUAUUAUUGCAUUGAGGUUGCAAACUAAUAUACUUGCCAUUUGCUUUAUUGUUUUUCUUUAUUUUUGUCACUUUUUAAUUUCAUUUUCUUCCAUUGUACAUUUAUAAAAAUUAUCAUGUAAUUUGCAGAAGUUUCGUUUGCUGUAUAUAUAUAUAUGUGUGUGUAUCAGAUUUUUUUCUGCAUUACAAGAGAAAAUAUUUUCCUGUGUAAAGGAAUGGAAACUUUCCAUUGGCUCUGUUUCUUCGUAUCCUUUGUUCAUUCCAUUUGAUACGUUCAUCUCUGUACUAAACAAUAGUCUAUUAACAUCUGCUCAUGUGCAGUAGUGUCUCUAACUUUUGCAGAAAUGAUAUGUGUGUAAUAGUACACUCUGUUCCAGGUGUUAAAAAGCACUUUCAAAGUAUGCCAUGUUCCUUGUUUGAUAGGAAAGGUUUCUCCAGUUCUGUUUUAUUUAUUUUUAAAUGGGAAGCAUAAUUGCAGUAGAUGUUUCCUUUAACCAUCUUCUGUAAAUUUUCAGUUUUAUUUCCAUAAGCUGAAAACCCUUUCAUGUUGUUUAUUUCAGUGUAAAACAACAAAAUUCUUCUGUUAUAUAUUUUUAAAUGAAACGGUGUACAGCAUUGGCAUGUUCAACAUGACUUGCAAAUUAGGGAGACUAAAGUCUGUGGAAAAUGUAGAUUCCAAGAUAUUAAGAUGAUGAUAAAAAAAGGUUAUUAAGCUAA